CCUCACACACCAACCCAACUACGCACACCACCACAAAAUCCCUCUCACCGCCUCCCACACACUCAAACAUCCGCCUAUCCAUACACAAAAACACACCACACACAAUCACAGAAUUCACGAAAAAACGAAAAAAAAAUCAUAAAAUUUCAUCCAUUUUUUAUUUGACAGCUACCAAACUUCAAAAUUGUCAAAAAGCAGUAGUAGAAGACAGAAGAUAGAAGAUAGAAGAACGAAAAAGCAAGAAGCGAGAACGAGAAGAAGAAAAAGGAGAGUGAGUGAGAAGAGAAGGAGAAGCAGAAGUAGAAGCAGAAGAAAAAAAAGGUUCACUGGGAAAAAAUAUAUUGAAUCUCUGAAAAAGUCCAAAUCAAUUUUUGCAAUUUUGUGCAUUUUAAAUUGAAUUUCGUCGGGUAAAUUAAUCAAAAGUGAAUUUGCAAAUUAAUUCUGUGCGUGCUAAGUGUAAUUGCGCCGAGAAAACUCCUCCAACUAGCCAAAUAAAUUGCAUUAAAAUAAGCUGCGACAAAACAUAAACAUAAUCCAAAUGCAACCAAAAUGGAUAACAAGAGUGCACAAUUGGAAUUUAAGUUGCUGGCUGACCGCACUCUAGGAGUUCUUCAACAUCUAGGUGGCACCCAACGUAGCGAAGCACUUAAAUAUUUUAUCGAAUCUCUACGUUUAAAGUAUCCCGAAUCAUACGAACAAGUUCGUUUAAAUUUUUGUAAAAAUGCCAUCGUUGCAAGUAAUUCAAUUAAAAAAGAAGAAAUCAAUUUGUACAAUAUAAAAAAGGAGGAGCAACAGUCGAAUAGUGUUGGAGGAGUUGGUGUGGUGUCAUCGCGUGUAGGUGGCAUUGAUGGCGGGAGUAGCAAUAGCAACAGUAGCGCAGCUACUGAUCUCAAUCAGAACUUUGAGAAGAUUCUAUGUAAAGAGGAAUUUAUGUGCAUCGAUGAUGAGGACGAAAUCGAUGGUGAUGAAGAUAUCGAUGAUAUUGAAGAUGAUGACGAUGAAAGUAGCAGUAGCCCCCCACAGUUGCGCAACCAUAGAAUUCAUCAGAUCCAUCGCAUGGACUCGUCUUCGUCGUCGUCCUUACUUAAAUUGCACGAAGACGAAAGUGCCGCAAUGGUGCGGAUGCCGUUCAAUGCUCAUUAUCAAAGCUUGGCCGAUCCUUUGGACUUGAUACCGUCUUCUAUAAUCGAUGUUAAAAAUCCUCUGGUGGCGGGAAGGAAAAGUGAAAUUCUAGGAAGCAAUUUACGUUUGAAACGUACCAACUCGCUCUGUAGGAUAGGUGGUGUUGGUGGUGGAUUUACAUUUCACCCAGAUUCCUCGAUCGCUGUACACUACAAUCAGCGUGACGGAGAAAUUAGUAUUAGAUCGUUCAAAGAGCAAUUUCGUUGUAGAAUAAAAUUCGCUUUAAAUCACCACCAUAAGCCUUUUCUUAAAGAAAUAUUUAAGAAUCUUGUAUUGACUGGACGCAUUGAUGGAAUCAAACCUCCGCGAAGAGCUCUUCCGGCGCUACUCCCGCCACCACCAUCUGGACCUGACCGCCCCUCCAAGAAUGAUGAAUCCCAUACAAUAGAGAACACCAAUGCCGAAUCAAUUAGUAGAAUCUCAGCUGAACUCAUUUUGGAACAACAACAACCACAACAUCAACACAACAACCAGCAACAACAACAACAACCUACUUACAAUAGUACUAGUAAACUAAUUCUAAAUAAUAACAACAACAACACUAAUCUUAACGGAAUGUCCGCGCUCAUGUCUAAAGAAUUCAAUAGCAGCAGUAGUAGAAACAACAUGAACGACUUUUCGACAUCUAGCUACAAUCAUCACCACCAUCACCACCUUAACCAUCCGAAUCUCGAGGACAAUAGCCAAACCACAAACACCGAAGACAGUUCUGAAGAUGCUACGAACCUAACAGGCGUUGGAAUGGAUACGAACAGCAUGUCGGGCUCGAUUUUAAACAGUAUUGAAGAGGAUGAGAUCGAUUUGAUGUCCAUGGAUCCACAGCAGGGGCCCGGACACAGUAUGAUGAUGCAACAGCAGCAGCAGUUCUACGACCAGCAACAGAUGCUUCGUCGUCAAUUUGACCAGAAUGCGCAUCAACCAGAAGAGCUAAUGAUGAUGCAGCAGCAAGCAGAGUCGCAACACGAUAUGCUCGAUGACGACGAUGAUGAAGACGAAGCAAAGGAGUCAACUUCGUUGGACCUGGACAAUGGGGGUAGUUCAGCGGGACAAACAUCAACUCCUGGAUCGGGAAGUAAAAAGGCCAAACCGUGCUAUAGUUGUAUGCAAUGUCCCAAAUCGUACAGAAAGAGGAAAUCGCUGCUGGAUCAUUAUAAGAGUCACCCAGGCUUUUGUCAUGAUUGUGGCCAAUCCAAUGGUCAUUCGUUAGAGGAAAUCAUUGAACAUAAUCGUACGGUGCACGCUAAGGAAUUUCCAUUUGUGUGUGAAACAUGCGGCGAAUCGUAUUCACGUCGUCAGCAGUUUCAUGCCCAUGUUGAGUCUCACAACAAAAAGGAGUUCAAAACUUACAUAUGCGUCGAGUGUGGCCAGAAGUUUCCUUACAAAAAGCUUCAUCUGCAGCACAUCGAGGAUACCGGUCAUAAGGCAGAUGGAGCCAUAUGCGAGGUGUGUGGUGCAGCGUUUCCAUCAAAGAAUGCGCUACACCAGCACAUUAUUAAGUCUCAUAAAAAGGACAAUUUCUUUGAGUGUCACAUUUGUCAGAAUCGAUUCACGCUCAAAGCGAACCUCGAGCGUCAUGUACAACUGCACACGGAAAUCAAGCGAACUUAUGUUUGUGAUCUGUGUGGUUCGUCGUACUUCACGUAUUCGGCAUUGAAGGAUCACUGUAGCAACGCCCAUACUGACGCAUCCGAGUGCAAGUGUCCAUUGUGUGGCAAGAGGUUUGGUUCGGCAAAGUCGUUGCAGCGGCAUUUGCCGUCACACUCGGAAGAGAGACCACACAGCUGUUGUUAUUGUGAACAGACGUUCAAAUGGAAGACCCAUCUUGUGCGCCACAAGCAAACGGUUCAUAGCAACGAACCGGCAUCGAAAAUCAAAAAGCGUUUUGCUAAAUCUGACGAGGAAUUGAUUCCGAUGGAUAUACCGGGACCACCGCCGGCUAAAAUACCGAAAAAAUCAAAUUCGAGCAAACCAAAGCAACAACAGAAAGCAAUUGUAGUUACAAAUACCCCAACACCAAUGCCCACAAGUACAAUUCAGCAAUCAUCAAAAGAACAGCAGCAACAAUCGCAGCCUCCACAAUCGCAACCCCAACAACAGCCUCCGCCACCGCAGCAGCAGCAGCAACAGCAGCAACAACAUCAACAGCAGCAACAACAACAGCAACAGGCACACCAUCAACAACAACAAUAUACAAACUCUAAUAGCAAUAGCAGCAACAAUUCAUCAAUAUCGCAUCAGUUGGGAGGCGGGGAAUCUCAAAAUUCAAUUUAUAACCACAGCUUUAGUGCAGAGAAUCUGCUUGGACAACAGUGCAAUCAACCAACACCUCCUCCGCAGCCGUUGCAGCCGUUGCAACAACAGCAACAACAGCAACAUCAUCAACAGCAGCAGCAGCAACAACAAUUGCUGCACCGCUUGACACCAAAUGCAGACAAUAGCAAUCUAAUUGUGCGUCUGAACAGCUUUAAUUCGGGUGCUGAAACUCAGUUUCAUUUCGAUCAAAACACAGCGGGAGCCUAUCAACAGCAGCAGCAGCAACAGCAACAGCAGCAGCAGCAACAACAACAGCAACAACAGCUUCUCAGCCAAUAUCAACAACAUCAACAACACAUGCGUAGCCAUACGCCACAAAGCCCACAGCAUCAGAGUCUUCACCACCAACAGUUACAGCAGCAGCAACAGCAGAAUGCUCACUUUGCUCCUCCACAUCAUUUGCUCCAUCAACAGCAUCAGUUGCACCACCAGCAAUCGCCGCAUUCACAUCAUCGUCAGCAUCAGAGGUCACCGCAUCACCACCAACAGCAGCAACACCAACAAUUGCAGCACCAACAAGCAUCACACUCUUCGCCGCAACACCAUCAACACACUCCGUUGCAGUCUCCCCAACCAGUGGGUGUGGCAGUGGCAGUGCCACAGGCGCCUCCUCAACAACAGCAACAACAACAGCAACCACCGCAAUCACAAUCAUCACACCAUCUUCACCAACAGCAACAACAACAACAGCAGCAGCAACAACAAUACCCAUGUGCCUCAAUUCAGCAACCUCCAAAUCCGAACGAUUGGAGCAAUAUGAAUUUUACAACUUCAGCUAAUCCCACCAAUCAACAACAGCAGCAGCAACAACAACAGCAACAACAACAACACCAACAACAACAGCAGCAGCAGCAACGGAGUCCAGCAAUUGGUGGACCUGGCGGCGGACCUGGAGUGAUUCAUGUUGAUUCAACAGACUUCCUCGGGCUUCCAAUGAAUGUUAAUCCUGCCGGACGACAACAAGCACCAACUGUUGGUAGUACAGGUGGAAAUGGUGGCGUAGUAAAACCCUCUGGCCCACCCGCAGCACAUGAUCAACAAUCUGUUCUAAAUGCUGAUAUAAUUAAUUUUCAGAAUAUGUGGCCGCAAAAUCCACAGCCACAACAAAUGGCAUUCAACAACGCCACUCAACCAGUGGUCGCACCAGGUUCCGCAGAUCCACACAACUACAACAACAUUGGAAGUAUUCUAACCAAUUUAGACAUUAUAGGUAAUAACAAUCCGAUGGAGUACAAUUUCGAGUUGUUGCCGCCGCCACCGCCACCACAGCAAACUAACUCGCUUCCCGUUCCCCAACAACAGCAACAGCAUCAUCCCUAUGCAAGCGCAGCAGGUCUUCUGCGUCACUCCUACGACUAUCCCAAUCACACCCUAACUGACAUAUCCGAACAAAAGAACUCCUUUCAAUCAUAUCACCAGCCAGUAGCGGUGGUAACACCACCCUCCGGCUAUGACCCCCAACCGGUGCCCAGCAGUCGUGUAUAUGGCCAGCAAGCGGACGAAACGAAAACUGUCCUCCCUCCCAUCAGCGAGUACAUGCACCAUGCGGGUCUUCAACCUCCUCCGCAGGACGUGAACCUUGUCUACUACCCAGUGAAAAAUGACUAGUGGCGUUUUCAUCAUCAAAAAUGUAAAACAAAAUGAUAUUAAAAAACAACAAAAUUAAAAACAAAACUAAUCCCUUCCCCGUAGUGAGUCUAUAAAAUAGAUGAACAUAAAAACACCAAUAGCAGAGCUCCUCCCACAGUGGGUGGAUAGCGUAAGAGAAAGUCUUUAAUUUUUAUUAAAAAUAUAAAUAAACAAAAACAAAAAUACUUCUUAGAGAACCUUUUAUUGUUAGUUUUUAAGUAAAAUAAAUAAAUAAAACAAAAUUAAAAAAAAAAA